GUUAGGAGGUUCAUUUCAUUUAUCAUUACUUCCAACUUCAUACUCAAAGCACUGAGAAUUGCAAGUGGAGUACAUCGAAGUAGACUUCAGUUUCUUUGCAUCAUUUCUGUAUUCAAUUUUUAAAUUCUUUCAUAACCCCGUUGAGUGUUUAAAUUACCAUGGCGCGAAUGAACCGCCCAGCUCCUGUAGAAGUCACAUACAAGAACAUGAGAUUUCUUAUUACACACAAUCCAACCAAUGCAACCUUAAACAAAUUUAUAGAGGAACUUAAGAAGUAUGGAGUUACCACUGUAGUAAGAGUGUGUGAAGCAACUUAUGACACAACCCUUGUGGAGAAAGAAGGCAUCCAUGUUCUUGAUUGGCCUUUUGAUGAUGGUGCACCACCGUCCAACCAGAUUGUUGAUGACUGGCUAAGUCUUGUAAAAAUUAAGUUUCGUGAAGAACCUGGUUGUUGUAUUGCUGUUCACUGUGUUGCAGGUCUUGGGAGAACGCCAGUGCUUGUUGCC